CCUCCUCAGAGGAAACAUUUCAGCAGACGUCGGUGUGUUUGAUGUCUCACGGCAGCGCGUGUAUCUGAUCCCCGCCGCGCCCCGCAGCAGCAGUAGCAGCAGCAGCCCGCCGCGCACGCACGGCCACGCACAGUCACGCACAGCUGGCGAUGAUGGCGGACUGUGUGGGCUUCCAGGCGCAGAUCGCCUCCAUCAUCGAGAUCCUGGCGAACUCAGCGGUGGCGGAGAUCUGUAAGCUAGUGGAUGACGGGUACGCGUCGCUGCGCGUGCAGAUGGAGGAGGAGCGCGAGAGGAGCGAGCAGGAGAAACGGGCCCUGCGGGACAGAGUGCGGGACAUGGAGGUGAAGAUGAGGAGCUGCGAGAGGAAGAUGAGGAGGAGGAGUCAGCACGCGCCCCAUUACAGGCCGUCGGGAGCACCUGCUCUUCAUCCUGUGGUGUCUACUCCUGCUGCUCCUCCUGCUGCAGCUCCUUCUCCUGCUGCCUCCUCUGAAGAGAAACUCCUCCAUCACAUUUCAAAGCAGGAGGAGAGCAGAGUGUUUCCUGUUGUGAAGGAGGAGAGAGAAGACUGUAACCUGGACCUGAAGGUAGAGGUAAACAUCAGGGCAGAGUGCAGUCUAUCUGCAGGCCUGGAGCCAACUGAUGAGACCCCCCCCAGAGAAAUCAUUCUUGACCCCAACACCACGUCCUCCUCCUCGUCCCUCCCUCCCCCCUCCCCAACUGACGCCACCAUGGACCUGACCUGCAGGUCUCGAGCCAAACGUAAACCUGUUAAACCUCUGAUGACCAGUGGGGGGGUUAGUGGGGUUGCUCCAGGCCCAGAGCCCCAGACAGACGGAGCUCUGAAGCCAGAGGUCCAGCCAGAAGGAGAUGAUGAGGAGGAACCCCCUCCCUCCCAGAUGUCACCCCCCUUGGCCUCAGACGAGCCGAGCCCGGAGCGCCUCAGCGGUCUUGGUCUGGACCUGGCGUGGAUGCAGGAGCGGGUCAGCCAUCUUGGCGCGGCAUAUGCAGUCGCUCAGCUGGGUUUGAACUCAGAGACAGGUCACCCCUCUUCCUUCUCCUCUCAGGGGGGGACGGACAGUCUGGAUGGCCCCCCCACCAUGCUCUUCACGGGCGGCGCUCAUGAAAUGGCUGCAUUCGCCGCCUCCUUCGACAUGGCUGCCGCCGCUGCAGCUGCCGCCGCUGUGGUUGCUGCACCUCCCCCUCCACCUCCUCCGCCCCCCCUCCCCUCAGCUCCUCAUGCCCCCCCUAGCAGCCAGAGGAGGCCUUACAGGAGCUCCUCUGCAGCUAAAGACCCGGCGGUGUGUGCGGUGUGUGGGCGGGUGUUUCCCAGCGCUGCCGCUCUGGAGCUGCAUGGGCGCGUGCACACGGGGGAAAGACCAUUCACUUGCCCCCACUGUGGGAAGGGCUUCGCUCAGCCCAACAACCUGCGUGUGCACCUGCUCAUCCACACGGGAGAGCGGCGCUAUCGCUGCUCACUUUGCGGGAAGAGCUUCAUCUCUUCCAGCCACUUGAAGAGGCACCGCACAGUUCACACACAGGAGAAACCGUACAGCUGCGCGCGCUGCGGACAGUCCUUCAGCCAGAUGUGCAGCGUCCGCAGACACCGGCAGCAGUCGCAGUGUGGACUGUAGACCUCCGACUUGUUGAUAAUCUACAUUCUGUCUGUGUGCAAGUUCAAGAAGCUCAUGAACAUGAACUGAAUCCUCACGUUUGUUUGAAUUUACAGCACAAGAGUUCACAUUCAGCCUGCUUCAAACUGGGGUAUCGAGUUCAUCCUUCAGUCAUUAUACAGUCCUGUCUGUGUCACACACACACACACACACACACACACACACACACACACACACACACACACACACACACACACACACACACACACACACACACACACACACACACACACACACACACACACACACACACACACACACACACACAAACAAACAGGUCCAGGAGGAGUUGCUCAGCAGAUAUCUGUUGUUAUUUCUGAGGGAGUGGGAGCUGCAAGUGUUGUUAGCAUAGCACACGCGCUGCAGCAAUAAAAAGAAAACACUUUUUUUUAACAUUCUUACUCGAGGUCUCCAUGGAUGGGCAUGGACUGAAGAACUUGAGGCUUGGACUGGGACCUGAACAAUGUUGGAUUAUAGUCAAGUCCAGGUCAGUCUGAUGGUAUCAGUGCAGGGUCACAGCUCUGUUUAUUGUAAAACUUAAUGUUUCAGAGAAGAUCUUUGAUCACAACAAUGCAGAGACAAAGUCACUGAGUUCUUAUCAGAACUUUUUUACAGUUAACAAACAAUUAGUUUUAAUAAACAUGUCUCACUGACAUGUUGAAGCUUAAGGAAAGUAAAUAUAGAGAACCGAGAAGAGCAGAAUGUCUUCAGUCCAUUGAUCCCAGAGAUGAGAGUAUCAAAGCUUACAGCAGCUCAGAACAACAAACACAGUAAAAAAAAGAGACAAUAUUAAACAUUACGCUGUGGCUGUCAAUACUAGAAUUUAAACUUCAUGAUUCUAGAAAAAAAAGACAUCAAUACCUGUUUAAAAGCACAGCAACAAAAAUAGAAGUGAACAGACCCAACAGUAGAACAUGUAUUGUUUUAAAUCUAAAAAUUGAAGACAAAUGUGAAAUGUUGCCAAUGUUUUUGUGCAAUUUAGACUUUGCAGGAGUUCAUCUGCAAUGUUGGAUGGAUGCAUUCCUCUCCUACACACCUGUCUUAUGAAAAAAAAAUUUUGUUUGUUUUGAUACUAUUAAUUUAAAAAAAGGAGAUUGUUUGGUCUUAAAACAUGCGGUAUCAAAAGAUAGUGAAGUAUUGAACGUUUUGACAAUCUUAAAGACAAUAAAUAUAAAGAUAUCAAAACAAGCAGGAUUCUCCCACCGAUGAGGAAGUAAAGGCUUUACAGCCGCUCACAACGACAACAAAAAGAAUUAAAUUAACAUCAUUAAAGAUAAAAAACUGUAGUUACGGUAUGUAUUAAUAACAGACGAGAUCACACAGGUGAUCCUGAGCUGAACAGUCAAAGCACACAGGGUUCAUAAAGUCUGAUAUUUCCUGAUCUUCGUGAAUUGUCAGGACAUGGAGGUGUAUGUGACAAUCAUGCUCAGUCAUAACAUACAACAGGUCAAAAAAGAUAGCUAGCUAACAGGCUAACUGUUCCUACCUACCUCCAGUGUUUGUAAGCUGGGCUAACCCCUCCUGCAGCUGUCUCUGUGCUGUUCAUUCACAACACAUGUCAUUCAUUCAGACUGUUGGUUUAACACAUAAAUGUAUCCUGAACUCUUCCUUUAAAGCACUUUAACUGUUCCUGUUGCCAUGGAGACCGGCAGUGUGUGAAGGUAAAUGUUGGAUUAAAUCAGCACAGGUGCGCUCGCUCUCACCUUUGAUCAUGUUGGUGACUCUGUCACUCUGAAUGUCACUUUAUUACUAAAUCAUCCGUCCAGAAUAUAACAAGACACGUGAUGUCCUGAGGUUAACUCUCCAUGUUUGUUUCCAUGGUUACACAGAAAACUCAGAUUUUAUUUUUUCACCUGCUGUGUUUUAACUGUGUCCAGGUGUGUCAGUGUGUGUGAUGUCAUCAGUCUCUGUUCUCAGAGAGAGAGAGAGAUCAGAAAUCAAAGGCUGUGUGUAAAAAGAUGUUAAGUUCAAACAUAUAUAUAUACAGUAUAUAGAUCAAUAUAUCAGAAGUAUUUGUGUGUGUAGGUGUUUGGAUGUAAUUGGCUCUGUGUUGAACAUGUGACGUCAGUAAUGACAUGUUCAGUGUUUAUAAAGUGUCAUUAAACAUGUCAGAGGAUUACAAUGA